AUGUUACUACUGACUAAGAAAAAUGCACUUUGUACUCUAGAUCAAACAAGACCAAUAUCUCUACUCGACUCUUUUCUCGAAGUCUAUGAAAGAUUAUUUCUCAAUCGAUUCUUAACUGUACUAAAUGAUAAAGGCAUACUUCCUGAUAAUCAAUCUGGAUUUCGUGCAAACUACCGUUUCCAAACACGAUUACUACUUUUGAUUGAACAGCUGGAGUCGUACAUGUCCAACAGCGCGCCGGUAACCACGGUCUUAGUGGAUUUCAAGUCAGCCUUCGACCAAUUAUGGGGAGGACCACAAGGGUCGAGCGUCACACCUACUCUCUUCAUAACCUACCACAGUGAUAUAGCACAAUUCCUGCCGAGAGCUAUGUGUUUCUUCUUCGCUGACGAUCUUGCUGCAGUACUAGCUGACCAUAUGGGAGUAAAAUUCGGACUACAGUGUAUAGAUCUUGAAAGACGACUCCAUACCUUUUUUGAGCAACUGGAAUUCUACUCAAUUCUUGCAGUGCAAACAAUUAACUACGCGAAAACACAAGCUAUGUUCUCAGUACGGGCAGUAAAGUAUCCAGAUUCAAUGCCCAAAUUACAAUGUGGUGGACACCCGAUAGAAUGGAGUAAAUCCUUCAAAUAA